AUGACGGAAGAGGACGGGGACGAAAACAAAGUGACAGUUCAUGUAACUGGCUUUGGGGCAUUUCAAGACAUCAAAAUCAACCCAUCGUGGGAGAUUGUCUCCCACUUGCCCUCUACCCUUAACCACAAUUGGCUGAAUAUCCAAAUCAUUACGCCACCAGAAGCGCCAAAAGCGUCGUAUCACUACUUGUAUGACGUCGCUCCAAAGCUUCUCGAGGAACAUAAACCAGAUGUCGUGGUCCACAUCGGCCUUGCAGUUGAGAGAACAUAUUUCGCAAUCGAGAAAGGAGCUGAGAGAGAUGGAUAUAAUCAAUAUCCAGACAACGAUCGAAAGGUGUUCAACAAAAGCGAGACUAAGAAAGCGUGGGGAAUGAGUCCUCCACAUUUAGAAUCAUCGUUUGAUCUUGAAGAUGUUUUAGUGAAGUGGCGUGCCCAGGUUGGAAAGGAUGUAAACUUGAGGACUUCCGAUGAUGUUGGGAAUUAUGUGUGUGGCUUUGUGUACUAUACCAGCUUAGAGUACUCUUGGAAGAGGAGGAUAGACGCGCCUGUGGUGUUCAUGCAUGUCCCGCCGUUGCCAGAAAAAGGCGAUAUUGAGGAAGGAGUAAAGGCUACACUGGGACUCAUUCAGGUGCUAGCUGAGAGUUUGCUCAGGUGA